UAUUCAUUCAGAGAGAGAGAGAGAGAGAGAGAGAAUAUUCAAAAUCUAAAAAAGGGGAGAAAGGUAUUGAUUAACUCUGGCUUUAUUCAUUGCUGCAAAUCUAGACUCAAAAUCCCAACCCUAGAAAAUAAGAACAAGAAGAAGAAGACGAAGAAGAAGAAGAAAGAAGAGAGUGUUUUUUGUUGGAAAGCUGUGAUUUUUGAAAUCUCUGAGCAACACUUCAUUUCGUGUACGCCAGCCAUUACCACGGAAGAUUUCAUCAAGAUCUUCGAAUUCCCAUUUCCCAAAACGCCAUCAGAAUUCGGGAAGAUCCGACCCGGAGAGGGAAUUCGUUGUUGAUUUGAUUCGGAAGAGUCAGCUGAAUGGAAAUGGCUUUUGACCCUUUUCUCCGCUGCAUUUCUUUCUGUUGUUCUCUUUAACAUCCGCCGCCUUUAGCUUCUCGGAACCCUUCCCGUUGAUCCUUCACAAACCGCUCGCCUGUUAUUGAAACAAGAAUAUAUAUAUAUAAAACAUUAAGGAAUCCCUAAUCUUAUUCCCUCUAUUUGAAGCUUCAAGUUCAUUCUCUGCUCCUCACUCUCACGGAGCUGGUUACGUUGCUCGCCCAGUUUUUUUAGGUAAAUCUUCAUUUUUGUGUCUCGGUUUGGAGUUUGGACUCUCGGUUUUGAUUGUAAUAUCUCUGGAAUCUAUUUUUGGGACUCAACUUGAAAGGUCGCCAAUUAUGGGAGCUGAGAGGAAAUGGCUUUUGACCCUUUUCUCCGCUGCAUUUCUCUCGCUCAUUAUACUGUUGUUCUCUUCAAUAUCAGCCUUUAGCUUCUCAAAACCCUUCCCAUCGAUCAUUCAAGUAGGAUCUCAUUAUCCGCCGGCGUUUGCUUACUAUAUAUGGGGUGGACGAGGUGACUGUGACCGGAUGUUCAGGCUCUUGCUGGCAGUUUAUCACCCACGUAAUCGGUACCUUUUGCAUCUGACAGUGGAGGCGUCGGAGGAAGAGAGGCGGAAGCUGUCUGGGCUGGUUAAGUCGGUGGCGCCAAUUCGGGCUUUUGGGAAUGUGGAUGUAUUGGGGAAACCUGAUCGACUUACUUACAUGGGGUCUACAAAUAUCGCCACCACUUUGCGUGCGGCGGCUAUAUUGUUGAGGCUUGAUAGUGGUUGGAAUUGGUUUAUUACAUUGACUGCGAGUGAUUACCCGCUUCUCACACAGGAUGAUCUUUCUCAUGUCUUCUCCUCUGUCGGAAGAGAUCUCAAUUUCAUUGAUCACACCAGUGACCUUGGAUGGAAAGAAUCUCAAAGGUUUCAACCAAUUGUAGUUGAUCCAGCGAUCUACCUAGCCAGGAGGAGCCAAAUUUUUCAUGCUACAGAAAAACGGAAAACACCCGAUGCUUUUAAAGCAUUUACAGGUUCGCCAUGGGUCACACUUAGUCGACCAUUUCUCGAAUUUUGUAUACUUGGUUGGGAUAACUUGCCACGAACCAUGCUUAUGUAUUUUACCAAUGUAAUUUUGUCCCAAGAAGGUUAUUUCCAUUCCGUUAUAUGCAACUCUCCUGAAUUCAAGAACACUACAGUGAACAGUGAUUUGAGAUAUGUGAUCUGGGACAGUCCGCCGGGGAUGGAACCUCACUUUCUCAAUGUUUCAGACUUUGAUCAAAUGGUUCAAAGCGGAGCUGCUUUUGCAAGACAAUUUCAGAAAGAUGAUCCUGUACUGAACUUGAUUGAUGAAAAGAUUCUAAAUCGUGGUCGCAAGCGACCUUCCCCAGGUGCAUGGUGCUCUGGCCGGAGAAGCUGGUGGAUGGAUCCCUGCUCUCAAUGGGGUGAUGUCAAUAUCAUGAAACCUGGGCCUCAAGCAAAAAAGCUGGAAGAGUCCAUUACUAACCUUCUUGAUGACUGGACAUCACAGUCAAAUCAGUGCAAAUGAAGACGAUUGUAGUGAAGUAAAGAUCUUCUAGGACUAGGCGCAGUCCUUCUGAACAUGUUUCUUCUUUGUUCAGAAGACUGUAAUCAGUUCGUAUUCAUUCUUUGGCCUCUGUAAGCACAAUUUUUUUGGGAGUCCUGUUGCCAGAGCUUAGUGAAUGUGUAUCACAGGGGAAGUAACGAAGGAGGGAAAUCGAGUAAAUCGAGUUUUCUGAUUUUGAGCUGUAUGUAGAUGGGAGGCAAGUAUUUAUUGUAGCCAUCCCACAGCCUCUGUGGUUUUGUAUGUUCUACCUAUCUUGGGAUUAUGUUAAUCAGUUGUCGAAUGCUUGAGUAUUUAUUCAGAUAGUUCAUUCUUUGAA